AACCAGCAAUCACCAUGACGACAUCGACCCGAAUACUAUUACGAACUGAACUUGUUGCGACGCUAAUUCUAGUCCUUGGGCCUUUGCUACUGCCUGGUUGCCACGGAUUUCCUCGAGUCCUUGUGCGUCAGGGAACAAGUCGAGUGAUCAGUCCAGCAAGACGAGGACUUCUGUAUGCGUCAUUAGAAGAUGAAACAACGUUGUCUUCUGGAAGUCGCCGCAAAUGCUUGCAAAUUUCGUUGCAGUCAUUCAUCCUAUCGACGAUGACGUCGGUAGGGUUUGCCAACGCUGCUAUGAAGAGCGACCAAAAUGUCUUCAAAGUUGGCAAAGACUUGACCGAUGAAGAGGCUUUGGCGCGGUUUAAUGAAGGCCGCAAGAGCUUAAAGUACCUCCUUGACAAUUUCGAUCAGAUUUGCACCGGCGGUGGCGACAAUAUUCGACGGUAUCUGGGAACUGUCGGUACUACCUCCGGUCUCUGGGGAAUCAGCAAGGUCAUGCGGAGCCUCCAGGACAAAGCGGAGGAUGUGAUCGAGUUCACCGAAACAAUGAAUGAGGUGGAUGCCUCGCUUCGCGGAGCUGAUUCAGCCGCAUACAUGGCAAUCUUUGUAUCAACAUCUUCUUCCUCGACGCCUCCAGAAAAGUAUUUUGAAGAUGCGCGCAUCGAAUCGAAGAGAGCCCUUCAGGCUAUGAAUGAGCUCGCCGAGCAAAUCGACAUGAAGUAA